AUGCGUUUCCAAGCAGCAGAAUCCAAUGGCCCUGCAGAACCAGAGCCCAUUCGAGCGGGACCGGAGAAGCCACUGAAAGAUUUCAAGCUGCACUCAACCAGCCUACCCUUCGGCCAGUACACUCCUUUGCCCUGUAUUGGCGGUCCUACAUACGUAACAGCGCAAACGCUUGUGCAGCAGGUAGCCUAUACGCUGUCUGAUCGACUAUGGACGUAUUCACCGGAAACAUUCGACCUGGAUUUGUCGGCAACAAGCUGGUAUCGGGAAGGGGCAAAGAAUGCAUAUGGAGAUACUCCUCGAGUCCACACUUUACAAACUAGGCAGGGUGCGGCAUCAGUAGCCCUAGGCUAUGUCUUUUCUAAAGAUUUCGACCUCGAGAAACGGCACAGGCCCCAGUCAGUCAUUGCGACGACCUCCACACUUCAGUACCUCCAAAGCGCUUUGGACGAAUUAUCAUUGCUCUACACGCUCUCCAGUCCAUUUGUCGCUCAUGUUGCUGCCAUCGACUAUGCAGGCGCCUCGUCACGGUUGGUCACAGAUUACACCUCUGCAUUGUCGCUAGUUGAGACGCUUGGGCUUGGGUUAAUCUCGAGUUUCUCUACAUAUGAAACACAGCACAUGUCCCUACUUGCGACGAUGUUUGCCCAAUAUGUACCGAUGAUCCACAUAUAUGACGGGGUGAGCGUGGCGCGGGAGACUACCAGAGUUGUCGACGCGCUUGAUCAAGUAGGAUUGGACAGGACCGUUAGAGCAGUCCAACAGGCAACCUCUGCACCUACCAGGAAAAAUACUAGCCUUGAAACUAAAUUCAUGCGUGUCUUGAAGGCCUUGAAUGAAGAGUUAGGCACUCAAUAUGCUCCCUUUGAGUACAGAGGGCAUAGCUCUCCAGAUGCAGUCCUUGUUGUCUUUGGGACAGUUGAAUCAUCUUUAGCCUCUCAAGUCGCAGAAUCGCUGGAGAGUGAUGGCGCAAAGUUCGGAGUCGUGAGCGUGAGGAUUUACCGACCGUUUAUGGAAGAUGAAUUCUGGGCUGCAUUUCCAGAGAUUCCAAGGACCAUAGGAGUACUUGGUCAAGUACACGAUCAGCUCACAGUGGAAGACACUGCUGUCCAUUCUGAUCUGUACAAUGAUGUGAUGGGCGCUGUAUCAUUUUCUGACAGACCGGCACAAGCACCUGCCGUGAUUGACCUAAAGUACCCAAGAGACAAGCUCUGGACACCUGGCUCCAUUGCAGCUGCUCUACAGCAGCUUUCCAGAAAGCCUCUCACUGACGCCAAUUCGCCUGGCUCUCUCGAGCUGCUGGACACCAAAAACGUGCAGCAAUUUACCUUCUGGGAUUUCGAUACGUCUAACGCUGCAAGUGCGCCUGCCGCUAUUGGCCAGGCACUUGCAGUGGACUCGCAGAACAAUGUCACUAUGAGCACCAAGUAUGACAACCUGAUCCAGGGUGGGGUCUUCAGAUCGGAUGUAAGGAGGUCGAAGAAGGCGAUAGAGGCCCCAUACGCUAUCAAUACAGCCGACGUAGCAUUUGUUGGCGAGCUAUCCUUAUUGAAUCAGGUUGAUAUCUCGAAAGCCCUCAACAUCGGCGCAAAGUUAAUUUUAAAGCUCCCAGACGUCAAGGACGAUGACUUGGAGGCGAAGCUGCCCGUAUCAUUGCGAAGAUCACUCUGUGCCAAACAGGUUCAACUCUUUAUACUCGACCCGAACGCGAUUGAGUCAAUUGCGGAUGACUCUGCACUCGAGACCUACCUUGUGCAGGCCUGCUUUAUGCGUGUCGCGCUGCCGACCUUAGAGAAGACUGCUUUGCAAAAACUUGCAGCGGUCAACGGAUCAAUCGAGCUACUCGAGAUAUUAGCAGAUGAACUCGACAAAGCACUGCGAUCAAUCGAGAUACCUAAGUCUUGGGCUGAAGUCGAUGUCGAUGAAUCUUCUCCGACGCCAUUAUCGGAUAUCCUGCCCAACAGCUUCACGGCAUUCGAUAAAAUUGAAAAGGAACCUCGAUCCUACCUCAAAGAUUGGAAAAUACCAGCUUUGGGCCUCGCUUUCAAGGAAGCUUAUCACACCCGCCCCAGUCUACGUCCCGACCUUUCAACCAAAACAUACACCGUCAACGUCAAAGAGAACCGACGACUCACACCCCUUACUUACAACCGCAACAUCUUCCACAUAGAAUUUGACCUUGGCACCUCUGGUCUCACGUACGACAUUGGCGAAGCCCUCGGCAUCCACGCUGAAAACGACCGCACCGAAGUCGCAGACUUCAUCACCUUUUACAACCUCAAUCCCUCCGAGAUUGUCGAAGUGCCCUCUCGAGAGAACCCCUCCGUCCUCGAAAAUCGCACAGUCUACCAAUCCCUAAUCCAAAACAUCGACAUUUUCGGCCGGCCCCCAAAACGCUUCUAUGAAGCCCUCGCCGAAUUCGCCACCGACCCCCAGGAAGCAAAACAACUCCUCACCCUUGGCGGUCCUGAGGGUGCCGGAGAAUUCAAACGAAGAGCCGAAGUCGACACCAUGACCUACGCCGACAUCCUCCUCGAAUUCCCCUCCGCCCACCCCUCCUUCCACGACAUUGUUCGCAUUGUCUCCCCAAUGAAACGCCGUGAAUACUCCAUCGCCUCGUGCCAGAAAGUAACCCCUCACUCCGUCGCACUCAUGAUCGUCGUGGUCGACUGGGUGGACAGCAAAGGUCGCGACCGCUUCGGCCAAGCCACCCGCCACCUCGCCAAACUCCCCAUCGGCGCCCCCGUCACCGUCUCUGUAAAACCUUCCGUCAUGAAAUUACCCCCGAAGAGCACGACGCCCAUUAUCAUGGCAGGCUUGGGCACAGGACUUGCGCCCUUUCGAGCCUUCGUGCAGCAUAGAGCGUGGGAACGGGAACAGGGCAAGGAGGUUGGGGAGGUGCUGUUGUAUAUGGGGAGUAGACACCAGAGAGAGGAGUAUUGUUAUGGGGAGGAGUGGGAGGCGUAUCAGGAUGCUGGGAUCAUUACGUUGUUGGGACGGGCGUUCUCGCGGGAUCAGCCGCAGAAGAUAUAUAUUCAGGACCGGAUGAGGGAGACGCAGAGGGAGAUCAUUGAUGCUUACAUUAAGAAGGAGGGGGCUUUUUAUCUAUGUGGUCCGACGUGGCCAGUACCCGAUGUGACGAAUGUGUUGCAGGAAGCGAUUGCGAAAGACGCGAGAGACGUUGGCAAGAAAAUCGAUCCGAGGAAGGAGAUCGAUAGACUGAAGGAGCAGCUGAGGUAUGUGCUGGAGGUGUAUUGA